AUGGGCGGAAGCAAGGGCAAAGCGCCCCAGCGCCGGGCUCGACCCGGGAGGCCAGCCUCAGUGGAGCAGGAGUCGGGGUCCGCCAGCGCUGACAGCGCCCCCAGUCGGGAUCGCAGGCUUGCCCGCGGCAAAGCCCACAAGACCAAGCCCGCUAAGAACCCCGAGGCCACCAAAGGCAAGGGGACCACUGAAGGCCGCAGGAAGCCCACCGAAGAGGGGAACCACCACUGCAGAGGUGCAGAGACUGGGGCAUCACUGGAGACCCGGGAGAGGCAGGGCAGCUCUCAGGGUCGGGGCCACAGGUCCACGGGGAGCCGUGAGCCCGGGGACAGUCAUGAGGAGCUCCCUGAGGAACAGAAACUCCCCGGGGAAGAAGAGUGGACGGUCAAGCGCGGCCGCCGCAGAAGAAAGGAGCAGGGACCAUCGGCUCCGCGAGGCCACCGAGAGACUUCUGGCAGGGAUGGGGACACGUCGGGCGGGGAUGGUGGCAGCUCGUGCCUGGACAGUGAACACCAGGAGGCCCUGGACAGCAGCAGCCAGGGUGGUGGAGCCUCCGAGCAGCCAAUCAAGGCCAAAACUUCUGACACGAGCUCAGAAGGCGCCCUUAUCAGAAGACCCGAGUCAACUGGCGGCAGCAACCAUCAUGGCAAUGGUGGACAUGCCUUGGAGCUCCAGAGCAGAAAAGGGCCGUCGGGGACAAGGGCUCAGGGAGCGAGUGAUGAUUCCCGGACAGAUACAGACUCGAGUCCCUGGUGGUCCGGGCACAGACGUCGCCCACGGAAGACCCCAGGAACCUCAAGCCGCAUCCCUGAGUUCCAGGAGACAGAGCUGGCCAGGGAAGCUGCAGUCUCCAGCUCUCUCGAGAAUAGCUGCACAAGCGCCCCCAGGGGCUCUCAGGGUCCUGGGGACUGCAAAGUGAUCGCAGACACCAGUGAUGUCGGGAAGCAGCCAAAGGCUGAGCUGCAAGGCACUGAGCCUGAGAAGGUGGAGGCCCCCAGGGCUCAGCGCCUCCAGGUCGGAGAGGUGGCGGGGAAGGUACCGGUGGCUGUGAGCGAGAGUGACACGGGAGCCAGAGAGGGAGCAGGUGCAGGGGACCGACGACCCCGGGACCCGGCGCCGCUGGCUGCACUCGUGGUGCUCCGCAAGCUGCGCACGAGGGCCCCGGCUGGCACGUCUCCCCAGGUCGCGGGUGGCCUCCACGGGAGCCUCAAGGCGCGGCUGCAGCGUGCGGCGCGGGCCCUGGGCCUCCUGCGCUGGCUGCGACUGCGGGUGGAGCAACGUCGGGGCGAUGCGCGCAGGGCCAGCCCGCAGGAGCGUGAGGAGCGCGGCCGCGAGAGGGCGCUCGAGGCGCGGGGCGGGGUGCCCGGGCCACGGCGCUGGCUGGCCUUACGCCUGGCCUGUCGGGCGGUGCUCCGGGAACCGCCGCGGGCUCCCCCUGGCGGCAGUCCGAGCCCCCCGCAGGCGCUGAAUAGCUCAGGCUCAGACCGCGCAUCAGCCAUCGAGGAUGCAGCUCCAGAUCCAAAGUUCGCGGUGGUCUUCCCCCGGAUCCAUAGUGCGCAGGAGUCGUGCAGCGGCCCCUCAGGAGCAUCCACGGACGCCCCCACUGGGGAAGGCCGCGUUUCGUCUCCUGCAGGGGCUGCAGAGUACAGAGAGGAGCAAGGGGCUAGUGAAGAAGGGGUGGUCAGGUCCCGCCAGGCUCCCUCCUUUUCCCCGUCUGCCCCCAGUGGAACUUCACCGGAAGAGAACCGGAGCGAAGCGGAGCCAGAGAACCCAGAAGUUAAGACUCCUGUGCACUGGGCGCAGGGCUCUACUCCCUGCGUAGACCCUGGGCUUGGCGCUGAUACUCUGCUGCCUCAACUUACCUUGGAGACCCGCCUACGGCAGAAUAGCCCUUGCAGGUCCCCAAGGGAGCGGUGGGAACCAGAGGAUGACGCUGAGGCAGCGCUGGAAAGGGAUCUGGAGCUGAGCAUCCGGAAGGACCUAGAGAUGCCACCCUUCCCCGGUGCUAAGACCGGGAGUCUCCCAGAGGGCCUGGAAGACAUUGAGGACCUCGCCCGGCUGCGGCUGGUGUGUGACAGCUCUGUGCUGCUGUGCCUCAAGAAGAGGUUCCACCUGGGCCGCAUCUAUACUUUCGGGGGGCCCCUCCUGCUUGCUCUGAACCCCCACCAGGCACUCCCUCUCUUCUCACCUGAGGUCUUGGCCAGCUACCAUCCCAGGAAGGCCCCGAACACCACUCCACACAUCUUCGCCAUCGGGGCAGCAGCCUAUAGCCUGUGUCAGAGCUCCGGACAGGACCCCUGCAUCCUCCUAGGGUCUCCCUCCUGCAGGGGGCACAGUGGCUCGGGGAAGACGGAGACUGCCAAGAAGAUCCUGGAGCUUCUAAGCAGCCUGGGGCAGAAGCAGACAGAGGCCAGAGGGGCUCAGCUAAAGGACAUACUGCCCGUGCUCAGCAGCUUUGGCCACGCCAAGACCAUCCUCAAUGCCAAUGCCAGCCGCUUUGGCCAGGAGCUACGCCUCUGCCUGCAGCAGGGAGUCACCGUAGGAGCCUCUGUGUCCCACUAUCUGCUUGAGGCCUCCAGAGUGGUGUUUCAGGUAAGGACCCGCCUCCUGCCCACCCUUCGGAGGAGGAGUCACAGCCCUCAAGCCCUGCUCACCCCUAAGCAAGUUUCUCUCUCCAAGGCCCAGGCUGAGCGAAGCUUCCAUGUUUUUUAUGAGCUGCUGGCAGGGUUGGACCCCAUGGAACGUGAGCAGCUCUCUCUGCAGGGACCUGAGGCCUACUACUACCUCAACCAGGGCAGAGCCUGCAGGCUCCGGCGCAAAGACGAUGCCCAGGACUUCAAAGGGCUGGUGGAGGCCCUGCGGGUGCUGGGCUUGUGUGCAGAGGAGCUGACUGAAGUCUGGGCUGUGCUGGCCACCAUCCUGCAUCUGGGGAACAUCUGCUUCUCUUCUUCAGAGCGGGAGUCCCAAGAGGUGGCUGCUGUGUCCAGCUGGGCUGAGAUUCACUUGGCAGCCCGGCUGCUCCAGGUGCGACCAGAGCGCCUAGAAGGGGCAGUCACCAAGAGGGUCAUGGACACUCCCUAUGGCCGCGUCUCCAGAUCUCUGCCGGUGGAAAGCGCCAUCGAUGCCAGGGACGCCCUGGCCAAGGCCCUGUACACAAGGCUCUUCAACUGGCUUCUGAAGCAGAUCAACGUGAGGCUGGCUCCACCAAGGGAGGCAGACAGUGUGGGCACCAUCACUGUCGUGGACGCCUAUGGCUUUGAGGCGCUGCGGGUGAACGGCUUAGAGCAGCUGUGCAGCAACCUGGCCAGCGAGCGCCUGCAGCUCUUCUCCAGCCAGAGGCUGCUGGCCCAGGAGGAGGAGGAGUGCCAGCGGGAGAUGCUGAGCUGGGUACCCAUUCCGCAGCCGCCUCCGAGGGAGUGCUGCCUGGAGCUCCUGGUGGGCCAGCCCCACAGCCUCCUGAGCAUCCUGGACUCCCAGACAUGGCUAGCCCAGGCCACAGACCACACUUUCCUCCAGAAGUGCCACUAUCACCACGGUGAUCAUCCGAGCUACGCCAAGCCUCAGCUGCCCCUGCCCAUAUUCACCGUGCGGCACUCUGCUGGGGCUGUCACCUACCAGGUGCACAAGUUCAUAAGCAGGAACAGGGACCACCUGGACUCUGCCAUGGUGGAGAUGCUUGGACAGAGCCAGCUGCAGCUUGUGGGCAGCCUGUUCCAGGAAGCAGAGCCGAAGGCUGGGAGAGAGCAGAGCAAACCCACACUGGCCUCUCGGUUCCAGCGGUCCCUGGGGGACCUGCUAGCCCGGCUAGGCAGGAGCCAUGUCUAUGUCAUCCACUGUCUGAACCCCACCCCUGGGAAGCUCCCAGGCCUCUUUGAUGUGGGGCACGUGGCAGAGCAGCUGCGCCAGGCUGGUGUCCUGGAGGUCAUAGGCGCCCGCAGUGCCCACUUCCCUGUGCGAGUGCCCUUCCAGCUCUUCCUGGCCAGGUUCCGGGCCCUGGGGUCAGGGAGACAGGAAGCUCUCUCUGACCAGGAGAGGUGUGGUACCAUCCUCAGCCAAGUGCUGGGGGCGGAGUCACCAGUCUAUCAUCUUGGAACCACCCAGGUCCUGCUGCAGGAGCAGGGCUGGCAGCAGUUAGAGCAGCUGUGGGCUCAGCGGCGCUCACAGGCCCUGCUCACGCUGCACCGCGGCCUCCGAGCCUGCAUCACCCGCCAGCGCCUCCGCCUCCUGCCCCGGAUGCAGGCUCGUGUGCGCGGACUCCAGGCCAGGAAGCGAUACCUCCGGAGGAGGUCAGCUCUGGGACAGCUGAACACUAUCCUCCUUGUAGCUCGGCCCCUGCUCCAGAGAAGACAGAGGCUUCAACUUGGGCAUUCCCGUGGCCCGCACAGCGGGGAGGCCGGGGGAAAACUGUCAAGUAUGGACCUGGGGCGCUUGGAGAUCCCAGCCCAGCUGGCUGCCCUGCUGGAGACAGCUGAAGACCACCAGGCUGCCCUGCCUGGGAGCAUCACAGAGUCCCUGCCACCUGAGAUUCCUGUCCGGCCCAGCCUGACCCUCCCUCCGGACAUUGACCAGUUUCCAUUCUCCAGCUUCGUGUCCUCCAACUUUCAGAAGCCAUAUCUGCCUAGACCAGGGCAGCUGCUGGAUGAGCCCCUGACCCGGAUGGAUGGCGAGAAUCCUCAGCAGGCUCUGGAGAUCAACAGGGUGAUGCUGCGGCUUCUGGGGGAGGGAUUCCUGCCGCCCUGGCAGGAACAGACCAUGGGCACGUUCCUGAUUCGGAAGGCACAGCACCGGCCGGGACUUCGGGACGAGCUCUUCAGCCAGUUAGUGGCCCAGCUGUGGCAAAACCCAGAUGAGCAGCAGAGCCAGCGUGGCUGGGCCCUGAUGGCGGUCUUGCUCAGCUCCUUCUCCCCUACGCCUGCCCUGCAGAAGCCAUUGCUCAAAUUUGUAUCCGACCAGGCCCCCCGGGGCAUGGCAGCCUUGUGCCAGCACAAGCUGUUGGGUGCCCUGGAGCAGACACCUCUGGCUCCCAUGGCCUCAAGGGCCCACCCCCCGACCCAGCUUGAGUGGAAGGCUGGAUUGCGGCGGGGACGCAUGGCGCUGGAUGUUUUCACAUUCAAUGAGGAAAGCUACUCGGCAGAGGUGGAGUCCUGGACCACGGGAGAGCAGUUUGCAGGGUGGAUCCUGCAGAGCAGAGGCCUGGAGGUGCCCCCUCGUGGCUGGUCAGUGUCACUGCAUUCUGGGGACGCUUGGCAGGAUUUGGCUGGCUGUGACUUUGUGUUGGACCUGAUUGGCCGGAUUGAGGACUUGGGAGACCCAGCUGGUCCCCACAGCUACCCCAUCACUCCUUUUGGUUUAGCUGAGAACAUCCCUCCAGCCCCUGGUGUUCAGGCUCCCUCCCUGCCUCCGGGACUCCCUCCAGGUCCAGCCCCAGUACUGCCUGGCCGCGGCCCCCCAGGUGAGGCCAGGAAGCCGGGAAACCUGGAUGGUUUCCUGGACCACCUCUUUGAGCCGGUCCUCUCCCCGGGCGUCAGUGAUCUGGAACAAGGCUGGGCCCUGAGUAGCCGCAUGAAGGGAGGGGGCUCCAUUGGGCCCACCCAGCAGGGCUACCCCAUGGUGUAUCCAGGCAUGGUGCAGGCACCCGGCUACCAGCCAGCUAUGAUUCCUGCACCUGUGCCCAUGAUGCCAGCAGUGGGCACAGUCCCAACCAUCCCGGCCAUGAUGGUCCCACCACAGCCACAGCCUCUGCUUCCCAGUUUGGAUUCAAGGCAGCUAGCGUUACAGCAGCAGAACUUCAUCAACCAGCAGGCGAUAAUCCUGGCCCAGCAGAUGACCACCCAGGCCAUGAGCUUGUCUCUGGAGCAGCAGAAUCAGAGGCGUCAGCACCAAGCUCAGGCCUCUGGGCCUGCCACCCAGGCUCCACCCUCAGCCACGGCUCCCAAGCUCAAGAAGCUGCCCACCCCCCAAGAGAAGCCAGAGAGUGACCUAGAACCUUCGGAUGUUUGCUUUAGAGAGGACACUCCAGAGGAGGCUGAAGUUAGGCCCCAGCGCCCCAGGAGCUUCCAACAGAAACGGGACUAUUUCCAGAAGAUGGGGCAAGAGCCCAUUAAGAUGAAGACAGUGAAGCCUCCGGCCAAGGUUCAGAUCCCCCAGGAGGAGACAGAGGAGGAGGAGGAGGAGGAAACAAGGGCAGAGCUGCCCCCUCCUCAUCCUCCCCCAGUUGUGAAGAAGCCAUUGAAACCAAGUAGGGCCAAAGCUGUGAAGGAGGGUGAGGCGGAACCAGAAGAGGAUGAAGUGCCGGCCCAGGGCAGGGAGCCCACAAUGCAGAGUUCCAACUCCACACCUCAGCGCCCACAACCCAGCAGGGCACCCACAGUACAGAGCUCCAACUCCACACCUCAGCGCCCGCAACCCAGCAGGGAGAUCCGUAACAUCAUCCGAAUGUACCAGAGCCGUCCGGGCCCUGUGCCUGUGCCUGUUCAACCCACCAGGCCUGUCAAAACUUUUCAGAAGAAAAAUGACCCUAAGGAUGAGGCUUUGGCCAAGUUAGGAAUAAAUGGUGCCCACUCGCCUCCAUCGACGGUGUCUCCUAACCUAGAGAAGAGCUCUCCCCCAGAAGUGGCCCCCAAACCCAAGGCUCGACCACGGCUCGAGCCCUCCUUAUCCAUCCAGGAAAAGCAGGGGCCCCUUCGGGACUUGUUUGGCCCAUGUAGCCCAAGCCCGCCCACAACUCCGGCACCCCCACCUCCGCCUCCACCAGCCCUUCCAUUGCCUCUGCCUGAGGAGCCCAAGACCCUUCCAGUGGAGUCUCGUGCCUUGACAGAGCCCAUGAAGGACCAGGGCAUCUCCACUCAGCUCCUUGUGCCCUCGGGCAGCGUGUGCUUCUCCUACACCGGUGCAUCCUGGAAGUUGUUCCUACGCAAGGAGGUGUUCUACCCCCGCGAGAACUUCAGCCACCCCUAUUGUCUCAGCCUUCUCUGCCAGCAGAUCCUGCGGGACACCUUCGCAGAGUCCUGCAUCAGGAUCUCCCAGGAGGAGCGGCACAGGAUGAAAGACCUGCUGGGAGACUUGGAGGUGGGCCUGGACUCCCUUGAGACUGUUGAAGAAAGUAUCAGAAAGCGCAUCGUGGUGGCUGCUCGAGACAACUGGGCCAAUUACUUCUCGCGCAUCUUCCCAGUCUCGGGCGAGAGUGGCAGUGAUGUGCAGCUGCUGGGUGUCUCUCACCGGGGACUGAGACUGCUGAAGGUGACCCAAGACUCCAGCUUCCACCUGGACCGGCUGAAGACACUUUGUUCCUAUAGCUUUGCUGAGGUGCUGGGUGUGGAGUGCAGGAGCAGCUCCAUCCUGGAGCUGUCACUGAAGAAUGAGCAGCUGACACUGCACACAGCCCAAGCCAGGGCCAUCAAGGCCAUGGUGGAGCAGUUCCUGAGGGAGCUCAAGAAGGACUCUGGCUAUGUCAUCGCCCUGCGCAGCUACAUCACUGACGACCACAGUCUCCUCAGCUUCCACCGUGGGGACCUCAUUAAGCUACAGCCAGCGGUCACUCUGGAGCCAGGCUGGCAGUUUGGCUCUGCUGGGGGCCGCUCGGGACUCUUUCCUGCUGACAUGGUGCAGCCAGCUGCUGCUCCGGACUUCUCCUUUUCCCUGGGACACAGAAACAGCUGGCAGCGCAAGAGUAAGCCACAGCAUCUCAAGGAGCCGGCUCAGGAGCGCCCCACCCAUCCCAGGAGCCAAGAACCCAGCGAAGGCUCAGAGGCCACCUCCUUCACAGCCUACAGCUCUUUGUCUGCUGACUCCCACAACUACACCAUGCAGGAAUUUGCCCUGCGCUACUUCCGGAAGCCUCAUACCUUGCUGACCCAGGCAAGUAGAGGUGCCAAGGAGAAGGUUGCAGCCAACCUGAUUCAGUACACCAAGGAUCCCAUCCAGGAAUCCCUCAUCUGCCUCAGCGAUGAGGACACAAACAGGAAGGCUGUGGCUGGCUUUAAGGCUCUGAUGCAGUUUAUGGGGGACCAGCCUAAGCCCCGGGGCACGGAUGAGCUGGCUCUGCUCUAUGAGCUGCUAAAGCUGUGCCAAGACCUCAGGGAUGAGAUGUACUGCCAGGUCAUCAAGCAAGUCACAAAACACCCCCAGCCAAAGCACUGUGCUCUGGGCUGGAGCAUCCUCAGCCUCUUCACAGGCUUCUUCUCACCGUCCACCACUCUGAUGCCCUACGUGACCAAGUUCCUGCAGGAUUCCAGCCCUAGCCAAGAGCUGGCCCGGAGCAGCCAGGAGAACCUCCAGCGCACAGUUAAAUAUGGGGGGCGCCAGAAGCUGCCACCACCGGGUGAAAUGCAAGCUUUUCUGAAAGGACAAGCAGUUCGUCUGCUUCUAAUUCAUCUGCCUGGGGGUGUGGACUAUAGUACCAAUAUCCAGACAUUCACGGUGGCCGGAGAAGUGCUGGAGGAGCUGUGUGGACAGAUGGGCAUCACAGACUCGCAGGAAGUGCAGGAAUUUGCCCUUUUCCUCAUCAAAGGGGAAGGUGAGCUAGUUCGGCCACUGUCGUCCAAUGAGUACCUCAACAGUGUGGUGACAGACCAGGACAUGAGCCUGCACAGCCGGCGGCUUGGCUGGGAGACCCCGCUGCACUUCGACCACCCCACCUACACUGAAACCCACUAUGGCCAGGUGCUUCGGGACUACCUGCAGGGGAAGCUAAUGGCCAGUGCCCAGGCAGAUGCCCAGCUUGCCCGGCUGGCGGCCCUCCAACACCUCAGGAAAGCCAGCAAAGGUCCCCCAUCAGAGGAAGAGCUGCUGGCGUACAUUCCCAAGCCACUGCAAUGGCAGGUGGAUAGAGCCAACAUAAAGAGCUUGGUGGACCAGGAGCUGAGGCAGCUGCAAGGACACAGCCCGCAGAGAGCCCAGAUUGACUUUAUUGAGACCACGGCCCAGCUGCCCCUCUUUGGCUACACUGUGUAUGUGGUGCUGAGAGUGAGUAAGCUGGUCCUUCCCGGGCCUGUCCUCCUGGGGCUCAACCGCCAACACCUUGUCCUCAUGGAGCCCAGCUCCCAGAAACUCUGCUGCUCCAUCCCCCUAAAAGACCUGCAGCGGCUCCACCUGCUUAGCCCGCUGGAGGACAAUGGGCCCCCUGGCCUGGAACUCAACUACGGCUCUGCUGACAACCCCCAGACUAUCUGGUUGGAGUUGCCUCAAGCCCAGGAGCUGCAGCACACCAUUGUCUUCCUGAUGGAGGGCAGCAUGUCCUCCAUGCAGUGGCCAGGCCUCAGCUGAGAAGAGUGGAGAUAAGGCAGCAGGGUCUCACUGGGCAGUCUGCCUUGGAUGUUGGGUGGUUCUCGUCUGUCUUCGCUGCCUGGCCCUGCGGAAACUUCCCGCAGCACAACCCCACGGGGAGGCUCUCAGGCAGGGGCUGCCACAGUGACGUCAACUGGGAAAGCGAGCAGACGCUCCCUCGGGGUGUGCUCAGCCCAGAGCUGGGCUGUAGGAACUUGGCUUGGGCAUCUGACGUCCUGCCUGGGGAAAAUGCCCACUCAGCUCUAGGGCCAGCACAGGGAGGGCCUGGAUGAAGCGGCUUCUGCACAAAUAAAACGCCCAAGAAAAG